AACACCGCCGUUUAGGACUCGAAAAAUGCCUAUCAGGAGGCGUUCGAUAUUGCAAAAACCAAAAUGCAGCCCACACAUCCCAUCCGUUUGGGUCUGGCCCUUAACUUCUCAGUCUUCUACUAUGAGAUUUUGAACUCACCAGAAAAAGCUUGCCAAUUGGCUAAACAGGCGUUCGAUGAUGCGAUAGCCGAGCUGGACACACUGAACGAGGACUUCUACAAGGACUCGACACUCAUCAUGCAGCUGCUGAGGGACAACUUGACUCUCUGGACGUCCGACACCCAAGGCGACGAAGCUGAGCCACAGGAGGGCGACGACAACUAACCAAACAACUAAGCAAAUGUUUCCUUUUUGACUAUGCAAAUAUUAUUCAGUAAUACAAACAAACAAAAACCAGAAACAACAAAGAGAAACAAAUAUUAUAAAACGCAACCAGCAAAGCAAAACCAUUUGAAAUGAAA